AUGGCUAAAAAGAUAGGUAAAAAUUCGCGUGCUGCUAGACAAGCAGCUUAUGAGCUUGCAUUAGAACCUGAAUCUAAAUCAUUAUCAGAGCUUCCAAGAGUUGAAAACACAAAUUUAUCUAAUAUUUUAAUUAGAGUCUCUGCAAAAAACGAAGCCUUGUUAGAUGCCAAAAUUGGUAAGAAGAAGCAAACGAAGGGAAAGAGUAAAGCUACGAAAAAACUUUUAGAACAAAGAAUCAAUGAUUCAAUCACAAGUAUCGAUAAGGAUAGACUUGAAAGAGCUCUGCAUAUAACAAACAAAUUAGACGGUAAGAUAUCCAAGUCUAUUUCUCGUGCUAAAUAUGUUCAAACGACAAGAAAACAAGGUUGGGAUUCCAUUAACAAUGCUGUGAGAAGAGAACUCAACCCAGUAGCUGCUGAAAAGAAACUUGACUUAGAAAAUGAAGAUAAAAUGCAAGAUAGUGAAAUAGCAGCUGAAAUAAAAGAUGACAUGAACGUAGAGACCUAUGGUGAUGCAGAAGGUUGGGAUGAAGAACGAAACGAGAAAAAAGUGGCUGAUCAACUCCAAAACAAAAACAUGUUCGACCUUUUACCUCUUAUGGAAGAUGAAUAG